AUGAAAGACUUCUACUUUGGAGUUACUAUCAUAGUUAUAGAUCUUUGCUUCCAGGGAAUGGCAACAACCCCACCAAGCAAAAGCAGUGUUUUCCGCAAUUCUGAGUGCCACCGCGAUGGACAUCUUCUGACAAACUGGUCUUCUCCAGGACACACAUCCCAGACAGCAGACACCAUGGAUGUGAGUUCCCUUUUCUCUCGAGUCCUCUUCCAGUCUCACACGAGAAAAGAAUGGCAAAUAAAACGUCUGGACCUCAGUAACCACAGCAUAUCGAGCCUGACCCUCAGCCCUCUCGCUCCUUUACAUGCUUUGGAAAUACUAAACCUCAGCAACACCGCCAUGCACUCCCUCUGGCUGGAUCUGCCCCUGCCUUGCCCCUCGGAGCAAAUGCACGGCAGUGGCGGCUCGCCCUGCAGUCUCCCCCGUCUAAAGGUGCUGAUACUUCAAAGAAAUCAACUCCGUGGCACUCCUAAAGGACUGUGGAAGCUGAAGUCGCUGCAGAGUCUGGAUCUGUCGUUCAACAGGAUAGUUCACAUCGGGCUGUCUGAUUUUCAUAACUGCCUCCAGCUGGGGAGUGUCUAUUUAAAGAGCAACAAGAUACGCACGAUUCACCCAGACGCCUUCAAGGGCCUCAAAAAACUACAGGUGGUAGACCUCAGAAGCAAUGCACUGACCACCCUUGCACCCAUUGUGACCAUUGCUCUAGAAUUACCCCACCUGGAACUUGACUUAGCUGAUAACCCAUGGCAAUGUGGCGAGAACAAUACCAACUUCCCAAAUAUCACCUCUGCAUCCUGGAGGAAAAAGUGGAAUGCCAUCUGCAAUAUGUCUGUGGGGAAUGAGAAGCCAUAUUUGGAGACCCGCCAGGUCAGACUUUCCAGGGACACACACCUUCUUCCUACUCCGGGUGAUGGGAAAAGCCUCAUGCAGAGCACAGCAGAGAGGCCCCAGGAAGGAAUGGACAUUCACCUUUCAGCUCUGGAGAAGGAGACACAGGUGGGCUACGAUGAUCUCAAAGAGAUACGGCCACAGCCCCCGACAGAACUCAGAGACUCCAAGGACGAACAUGUCACUGACAGAAAGGAUGAUAACACCCCAGACCUUGUCCUGCCCAUCUGCCUGUCGGUGUUCUGCACAUUUGUGGUGGCUUUCUGCCUGGGCGCUUUCACUAGGCCUUAUAUUGACAGAUUGUGGCAACAAAGAUGCCUGAAGAAAAGGCCUGGCUCAGAAAAUGCUUAUUCAAAUGAGGGUUUCUAUGAUGACGCCGAAGCUCCCCCACGUGUCCAGCACCAAGGGACAGAGCUGCACCGAGCUUCCCACCACCUAAACCUUUAUGAGAGACAGAACCCUUCCCAAGUGACAGAGCCAACCCCAUACAGUGUUGUCAUGUCAGAAAGGGUCCUAGGGAACAGCAAAAUGGAUCUCAGCAGUCAACAGAGCCCAGGGCAACUCGAGAACAACACUGGGACAGGAAAUAGAGACUGUGAUGUGCUUCCGUAUGGUCACACAGACCACGUGGCUCUCCAUGGACUUCCACACGCUGACGCUCACGAGCUGAUUUUGGCCAUGCAGGAUCACUACAAUGUUCCCGAAGAAUUACAUUAUGACACAGUGGUUCAGGAAUAUUCUCUCUAUGAGGAUGUGAUGGAUAGGUCUUCCCCUGCUGCCCCUCUGGGAACUGUUCCCAGUUCCAUCAAUAGUGGAUGUGAUGAAUUGCGCCUGUCCCAGUCAAGAGAUGUCGUAGCCCCUGUCUCCAAAACUCUAGUACAUAUGAACACACAAGGGUCUGGAGAGAGUAAAGAAAGGGGUUCCCCUGCAGCUUUGGGAGCUAUGGGCUCACCAAUGGAAUCUUCUGAGGAAAGGCAGGUGAACGAUUCCAUUAGGGGUCUGGCCACACAGCAGCCAAGCUUCCAGGAAGCCAAUGCUGAGGAAAGAUUUUCAGAUGUCUACGAUGAGGUCCUACACAUUGACCCAAGAGAUGUAGACCCACCCUCCCUUAUGCUAACGUGGGACAGUGGCCCUCAUGUCACACCUGCCACAGAGGAGCCUGUGCUGAGAGGUGCUCCUUUUGACCCUCUUUAUGACUUGGUGGCCAAUUACGAGUCUGAUUCUGAUGAGGGCUCUUUGUUCACCCUUAGUUCUGAGGGUUCUGAGGACGCAGGGAGCUUGCCAGAAGAACAGGCAUCUGUGGAGAAGGGUGGGGCCAAUCAGCCCUUCCCCAGCAGGAACUUGGGAGAAUAUGAGGCCAAUGUGACAUCAGCAGAAGGUGAUAAGGUCAUCCCCUCACGAAGGAUUCUGAAGAAAUAUGAAAUUCGGGAAGCUCUCUUUGGAAACUCUCUCUUUUCUGGUCCAGACUCUUUGUGUGAGAUGAAUAUGGAAAGUGACUCUAACUCCACUGACCCUGAGAAUAUAUCAACCUGGCCCCGAUCCCCAGGCCAUAAGCUAUCACAUCAUGAGACCCCAGGCACAUUUGUAUAUGAUGGCAACAUGGGGCCCCAGUCAGAGGCAGUAGGCUGGCACUCCUGCCUUGGAGACCUGAUCCCAAAUGUGGAUCAUUCACCACCACCACCACAUUCUGCUAAAGACCCCUAUGUCCCGAGGGGCCUGCCACCAAAGAGAAGUAAACAUUGGUAA